AUGGCAAAGUCCAACCGCUGCUUGAAGAAAUCACCUCGGGAAUCCUCAAAAGGAAAAUUUGAAAAGCCAGCUUGCGGGCGAAAUCUAGGCUCCCCGCAGCGUGGAUUUGAUACGUGCAUUUCACCAAGGUCCCUUAUUCAACUUUAUUUCACCCCAAAAAAAUGUCUCAGAAGAAGAUGUGAAAAUCAAGGAGAAAGUGACGAAUUGCUAACAUUCGAAACUCCUCAUUACAGAUACGAAAUUCUAUCUGAGGACCCAAAUGGAGUACCCAUCAAAUAUGGGAAAAUUGGUGAAACUGUUUAUCAUAAAUGGGCAUGCUUUUCUGAGUUGACUGAUGUGUACUGCUUGCGAGUUCACUCAUGUACAAUAUAUGACGGCCAGGGUGGACCACCAGUCACCGUCUUGGACGCAAAUGGAUGCUCAGUUGAUGGUGUCAUCCUCCAAAACCUUGACUAUACCUCCGAUUUGACCGAUGGCAAAUUGGCACAGGAAUAUCAACAACCACAGAAACACAUUGUCCUAUGGAAACAAAAUAUUUGUGCAAAAAAAGAAAAAUCCAUAUACUGGUCCCAUCGACUAGUGUACAGGACAUUUAAACCAAUGAACUUGGGUACAUUCAAAAAUUCUGCAUUUCGGGGUUCCGAGAAGGUGCCUCUUGAAGCUGGCGAUUUUGGUCGCAUGGUCUAG